GCAGGAGGCGGACGGAGGGAGGGCAGCAGCUCACCGGAUCCUUCAUGAGGGAAGAGGCCAGGGACAGCCAGCCAGCCCCGGCUUCUCCUUCUCUUCACUAAUAUAUUACUCGUUUCGCUUUUGAGAGUCAAGCCCGAGCUCGGGGCCGCUUUCGGCUUCGUAGGAUGUCCCGUCAUGAAGGCGUGAGCUGCGACGCGUGUUUGAAAGGCAACUUCCGGGGCCGACGUUACAAAUGUUUAAUCUGCUACGACUAUGACCUGUGCGCAUCGUGCUACGAGAGCGGCGCCACCACCACCAGACACACCACGGAGCACCCCAUGCAGUGUAUAUUGACCCGGGUCGACUUUGACUUGUAUUACGGCGGAGAAGCCUUCUCGGUGGAGCAGCCCCAAGCCUUCACGUGUCCCUACUGUGGCAGGAUGGGCUACACCGAGUUGUCCCUGCAGGAGCACGUGGCCGCGGAGCACACGGAGACCUCCACAGAAGUGAUCUGCCCCAUAUGUGCAGCGCUGCCGGGCGGAGACCCCAAUCAUGUGACGGACGACUUUGCUGCCCACCUUACACUUGAACACAGAGCACCCAGAGACCUGGACGAGUCGAGCGGCGUGCGGCACGUGAGGCGGAUGUUCCACCCCGGGCGCGGACUGGGCGGCCCCCGUGCCCGCAGAUCUAACAUGCACUUCACGAGCAACACCACUGGGGGGCUCUCGACCAGUCAAAACUCCUCUCAAAGCUCCAGUUACAGCCGGGAAGCCAUGGACCCCAUAGCAGAGCUUUUAUCGCAGCUGUCGGGCGUGCGGCGCUCGGCGGGCGGCCAGCUUAGCUCGGGCCCAUCGGCCUCGCAGUUGCAGCAGCUCCAGAUGCAGCUCCAACUGGAGCGGCAGCAGGCGCAGGCGGCGCGGCAGCAGCUCGAGACGGCGCGCAACGCCACGCGCGGCGGGCGCGCCAACGCCAUCCUCAACGCCAACUUGUCCGCCGCCGCAAACAACCCCAACCUGAGCGCCAAUCACAACAGCAACCCCGGAACCAACGUCGGCCCUUCGGAGACCCCCCCCCAGCACACGGCGCACAGCUCCCACUUUCUACUCAGCAGGCUGAGCGAAGCGCGCGUGUCCGAGGCUGAGCGUCAGGCGUGUGAGGCGCAGUGGGCGGAUAGGAGCUUGUUCGUGACGGAGCUACUCCUGUCCACGCUUCUGGCGGAGCACCACCACCAUCACCAACACCACCGCGACGACAUCGAUGACGACAUCGCCGACCGCCGCCGCCGCCAUCCCGGGUCCCUGCGCAACUUCGCUGACUUCCAGUCUAUGGGCUGCAUGGAGGUGAUGACGCUGGACGUGGCGCUGGAAAACCUCAACCUCAAAGAGAACAGCGCCACCGCCGCCCCCCCUGCCAAGAAAGAGCCGCCUGCCCCGUCCCUUUGAUGGAGCAAAUAAAACCCCAAAACAAAAAAAACUGCGAAUUCCCCCCAAAACCUUCGCCCCCCGUUUUUUGUUUCUUUUUACUCUUCACUGAUUUUGUCAUUUCAACCCUCCUCCUCUCCCCAUGUCCGCGUGUACGUGAAAUAUAAGUUAGACGAGUGAAUGUGAGAGAGAACUCUAUAAAUCUAUUAUUAAAAAAAUGAAAAGCAAAUCUAUAUGAAAGCUGAUAAUCACUUAACUCACACGCUGGCCGCGAAAGAAGGCCACUAAAUAAAACAAAAAACUGCUGUUACAAGCUAAUACGCAUGAUCAAGCUUCAUGUACACACUCUUGAUCGAGAGCUGCACUCGUGUCCCCCUCUUCUAGUGUCACCGGGCUUUCUAAUGACUCGACACACUACAAGACUUUCUAUCAAACACAACCAUUCACUCGGACCUUCUUGUGUGUGUGCGUGUGUAUGUGUGUGUGUGUGUGCGCGCGCGCGCGGUCUCCACGCCUGGAAGUGAAGGGAACCCCGCCCCUGUGUGCUCUGAUUUUUUUUUCUCCACCCAUCCCGCUAACUUCUCUCUUCGCUCAGAUGGAUGUGUGCCAGGCCUCAUGAAGAAGACGUGCAAUGUAUGAACUUGUGGGCUGAGUCGACCUUUCAGUGCGGACCACAAUAAACAUGUUUUGGAUGGAAAUAACUAACAAAAUACUGUACUCUGUGCGUGUGCAUGUACAAGGUUUAGAAUUUGCGUGACAAAGCGUAUAAAUGAAGUGGCCGUGAGUGUUCAGUACCAUAUGUACCAUAAUCAUAUUUGCGGUAGUCCAGUGCAGUGUGUGUGACUCAAAUCCUGAAGUUCCACUUAUGAGGACUGCAUUACCCAGAGGCCUUUGCGCCUUAAUGUCCCGCUUUUAACUCGAAUAUGGAUCUUACAUAAGCAAAGUGGUGGUGGACUCAAAGAAUAUGAAUGGUCAGUGUAAAGGGCGCAUUAAAACAACAUGAAGACGAGUGGGUUGAUGCUAUAAAUCACCGCCUGCCUGCAAGUUUCAUUUCCCACAUGAUUUAUGACUCACAAAAGAAAGAAUUUUAGAGGUGAAUGCAAGGGAAAAGUAUAUCAUAUUGAAGUUCCUGUGCAAUUUGUCAUAAAGUGCCAUUUAAAUACUUUGUGGGCUUCCUUCCAGGAAUAACGCGUUCAUUUAAAAGUUAAAUAUUGUUUCAGGAGAAACUUCAGAGAAUUGGAGAAGUGGGUGAAUAAUUCAUUACAUUUUUAAAUCACAACAAAUUUAUUCUCGUGAAAGUACAACUUUGUCAGAAAACUGACUUCUUUUUACGACUUUUUGGUGUAAAACUUUCCAGAUACUUCCUUAUGAUAUUGACAAAGUUUUGUCAUACUUUUCAUACUUUUUUAUACUUGUUUUUUUUUCCUCAUUUGAUAUCUUAAUCCGCUAAUUUACGAAUCAGUUUCUCACAAAAUCAAUUUUUUUUCAAUGUUUUCUUGCAAAACGUUUUUUCAUUUUUUUUUUUGUUGCUUGAUUUGAAAUUGUUCACAAAAAACUGCCUCUGUAGUUCCACAAAAUUGACACAACCUAGUUUUAAAUUCUUACAUUUGAACCGUCUUCAAGCAAGACACCAGGGACCUCAUCCAAGUAACUGAAAGGACACACAAAAAUACAAAAAAUGGUAAGCCUAAACACUGGUAUGAUGAUUGGCUGGUGACCAUUCCAGGGUGUAUGGAAGGAUCACAAAACGUAAGAAGUCACGAAAUACAAAAGAGGCAACACAGUGAAAUAUGUGUUCUUUGUAAUUUUAAUUCCCAUAAUUUAGUUUAAAUGCAGACAUUGUUUUUCCUCACUAUAAUCUUAAAGACAUUACAGUACGAUAGAAGCAAAUCAGAGUAAGAGUUUGUUGAAGCAGGCUACAGUUUUCUUUUUUGUUUUAUUGUUUGUUAAGUUCACACAUUAGAUGUGAUGCAGCGAGCGGACAGGAAAUAGCGCUAAACAUUCAUAAGACGACACGCAGUUGGAAAAAGCCCGCAGGCCGGCCGAGGACUGGGACCACCACGUUCUACAACGAUAACGCACGCAGGUCAAUCACGCUCAAAUCGGCAGCUUCACGCAACGGAGACUAUGGGGGGAGGGGCUAUCACGGCAGAGUGGGCGGAGCUACGCAGCAAAGCGCGACCGAUGUUUUGGAGCAAGCAGGAGAAAAAAAAUUGCACAUUCCGUCCCGCUGGUUGCUCGACUUUGAGGUCAACACAAGUUUACAUUAAUCACAAUGGAGAAAUGUCACCCUCUACUGGCAAUCCCAUGAGAUGACUGCUAAUUUGAACCUAGCCAAUUUAUCGCUUUCGAGCUAUUAUUUUGAUUAGACAGUGAACACUCGAAUUUUUAAUAACGAAAAUAAAGUUCCUUAACAGGGAAGUCAUGCCCAACAUGUGUUUGACAUUUUGCUGAUUAACUCAUAUUCCACAAACAAUAUUCAUCAGAAUGCCGUGUUUAGACUAGUGGGGAUGCAUACAACAUAUUGAAAAGGAAUAGAUCAUGGGACAAAUAAACAUUACAACAAAAUCAAAUGUUUAUAUUUAUAUUAAACCUGUUUUUUUACGAAAAACAUAUGGCUCUGCAGAUAAUUCGGAGACCACUGGACAAUUCUUUUCUGAUUUAGACAUUUUUGAGUAAAAAUUUUUGUUUAACAUGUAUUUUUAAAAAACUACUGAAUAUUCAAACACAAAUAUUGAAGCAUUUGUUUGCAAAAAAAAAGAAAACCAGUCAAAAUGUCGAAAAGGUUGGUAGUCUUUAUUUUGGUCUCUUAGUUCUUUGCAUUUAUACUUUUGCAACAUGUUUUUGCAUUGAAAUAUUCGUUUUUAAAUUAUCCGUGCAGGUGUUUUAACGUUUUACAAGAGUGAAUUGCCAAAUUCUCUGAUGGAAAAUGUGUGAAGAAACAUAUGCAUAGCGUGUUAGAUUUUGAGUGUUCACUGUACUCGACUUUUUCAAAAAUUUUGAUUGCUCGGAUGUUUUUCACUAGUAGCCAUUUACCGCCUUUCUUUCACACACACUGCCACCAGAGGCCGAUGUUUAACACAACUUAGGACAGUGCUUCCCUUUUGACUUUUGAGGGCUGACAUUGCUCCGACAAAGAUAAAACCACGAAACGAUGGUGGGAGUUACCAAAAAAAAAAUAAAA